UUAUUACGACAAAAACAUGAUAUUUAUUUUGAUCACUAAGUGCCCCCGCCUUGGCUGCAGAUAAGCCCAUCCAGAAUACACUUCAGUCCAUCGUAAAUCGAACUCGAAUAUAAUGAAUGCAGUGGGUGAAUAACCAUGGCGGCGAUUCACCUUGCGAAAUUCUCAUACCGAAGUGUCGUUCGAUUUUCUGACCGAGAGUUUGUGCGCUGAAGAACAAUCACUCAAUCAACUGAAGCCAGGAAAUAAUGAAUCAACCUGGUGGUUCCUCUGGUGAUGACGGAGGUGGAGGGGAUGGUGGAGAUGAUCAGGAAGAGUCUUCUUCCUCAAACCUGAAUGUCGAGGAUGCCCUCGCAAGUUUUCGAGAACAAUGGCAGAGGGAGCUCGAAAUUUCUCCAAAGAGAGACCUCCACAAACCAAAUAAGACAUCGAAUAUUGAAGCUAUCGAGGAAGAAUUAUCUAUAGAAACUAAGGCAAAGAAUUUAUUUUUGAAAGGUAUUGAGUACGAACAGAAUGGAGAACUCUACGAUGCAAUCAGGUUCUACAAAAGGGCUGUACAACUCGUCCCGGACAUUGAAUUUAGGCUCUAUGAGUCAACAAAACCGAAGGCUCGAGAAAAAUUCGACAAAGAUGAAAACAAAAUCAUUUUCGAGAGAGACAGGGAUGAUGACGAUAUUGAUGAUGAAGAGGAGCAUGAAGACGGAGAUUUACUCACUAACUUAUCCAAGAUUUUAGCAAAGAGUCAGUGCGUUUGCAGUCCUCGCUUUGAACAAAGUACUAUGCAUAUAUCUGCUCUGCCCAUGGAGAUUAUCCUCUACAUUCUCAGAUGGGUGGUGUCACCAGAUCUUGAUCUCCGCUCCCUGGAAAUGUUCUCAGGGACCUGUCGAGGCUUUUUCAUUUCAGCGAGGGAUCCGGAGAUAUGGCGACUGGCUUGUGUGAGGGUGUGGGGAGUUAAUUGUGGUAAUUUCGAGCCUAAAUAUCGUUCCUGGAGAGAUAUGUACCUGCAAAGACCUAGAUUACGUUACAAUGGCUGUUAUAUUAGUAAAAAUACGUACAUCAGGCAUGGAGAGAACAGUUUUCAGGACCAGUUCUAUCGGCCUUGGCACUUGGUCGAGUAUUUCAGAUAUAUAAGAUUCUUUCCAGAGGGUCGAGUCCUAAUGUUAACAUCGACAGAUGAUGCGCAAAGCUGUGUUAAUUUAUUGAAAAAUCGUUAUCCCAGAAAUCCAAAUAUUUUGAUUGGUUACUACAGGCUGCAUGAGAAUCGUGUUACCCUCAUGUUGAAGAAACAAGAGACCAGAUCGAAUAAUAAUAUUUACAGGAAGAAGAGGAAAGAAGUUGCGCAUGACAGUGGAGAACAAACAUUUCACGUUGAAUUUGAGAUUCAAACAAAUCAGAAAAGAGCAAAUUUUCAACUCAAUUGGGUGCGUUACAAUAUAUUCACGAAGUACAAAAAUGGUCAAGAGGGCACGACGUGCCUGAACUCAUCAGGACGAUAUCCAUCAUUCAAAUUCACUCGAGCCAAGAGUUACACGCAGGAGAGUGAGGCACCACUUCAGUAAAUAAGUUUAUUACAAUCUUUCAUUUUUAAUUAGUGGAAGUUGAGAAACAAAAGAUUUUAACAAAUUAAAUUCUUAGGAUGCAAUCACGUUGUAUUUAAAAUCGUGUAUAUUCAAUUGCUUUUUGUUUCACAUUUUUAGAAAAGAAUUCAUUACAAUUCUGUCGAUUUUAUUUUUAAUUUUCAAAUCCGGGUUCGUUUAAGUGGCUUAUCUCAUUUUUUUGUAGAUGGAAAUUUAUGAAAAUGGAGGGGAAUUUUAUGAUUAGGUUGAAUAAAAAAAACAGCAGUCAUGAAAAUUUCAACUAUCAUAAGCUUUACUUGAAGACAAUUGAUUGGAAAAUAGUUAGAUUCAACAGAUUUGGGAAGCCAAAUAUUUUCGCAGUGACAUAACGUUCUCAGUUAAAAAUGCACUAUCUGAGGUAUAAAAGAUUUAUCAAUAAAAGAUAAAUCGUAACAAUGUUAAAAUCUUCUAAAUUUCAUAAAACGACAAAUCAUUCAACAUUUAAAUAAUUUUUGAUAUUUUUUGAAUUUCGAUUAUCUACCAGCAGUAAAUUUCUAUUAUUACUGAGCCACCAUUUUAAUUUGAAUAAUUUUCAAGUAAUCGUUUUGGGGGACGUCAAACAUGAGCUAGAUAAUGAGCAUUGAGGGUGAAAUGCCCUGAAUAACAUAAAUGAAAUCACUAAUAUUGACUGGCAAAAAUGAAAAAGAAAUCAUGUUCACGGUCCCUUUAAUAACAAUGGAGAUCAUUUGUUCUAAGUUUGUUUUCCCUAAAUCGCUCUUAAUGUAAAUAUUAUUAAUUCUAUUAUUACAUUCUUUCUACUGUAAACGAAACAAAAAUCUACUAGAAUCGAGAAAACUUUUAAAUUCUACUCUCAAAAGUCAUAUACAAAACGAAAUAUUGGAUUUUCGAUGAAACUCUGAAUCUAAAUAACGACUAAUCGACGUCUGUGUGAUGAAAGGGAUUAAAUCUGUACAAUAAAAGAUAUUUUUGAUGUGCUUGAUUCAACAA